CCAGGGGAGAGCGAGACAGAAGUAGGAGGAGGAGGAGGAGAAGAAAGAGGCGAAGGGAAAGAAGGAGGAGGAAGAGGAGGAGGGGAGGCGCUCUGGUCGCCGUCAGUGGGCAGCCGAGACGCGGCAUGCCCCGGGCAGUGGAGAGCCGGCUGGCCUCGGCAGGGCCAUGGGGACCCGCGCUCUGACAAUGCCGGGCUGAGAGGAGCCGCGCCAGGACCCCGCCACCUCCACCAUCACCUCCUGCACCCAGCCUCCCCGCCGGCCACCAGCACCAGCCUCCUCCGCCUCUCUCUCUCUCUCUCUCUCUGUCCCUCUCUGCAUUACUGUCUUCCACUCCACAGAGGAUGGGGUCUGCCGAGGAGUAGGUCGGAAGCCAGUCAGCCCUUCCUCCAAAGCCUGGUAAUCUUUCUGUAGGCAAAAGAAGAGAGAGAGAAAAGAGAGGGAGAGAGAGCAAAAGAGAGAGAGAGGGAGAGAGAGAGAGAGAGAGAGGGAGAGAGAAGAAACGGGAGGAGGGGAUAAGGAAAUUAAACCCUUUAAGUCAAUGCAUAUUGUGGUGAGACCGGCACAGGAGCCCUCACGGUGGAGUCGGCCAGGGCUGUGCGUUCCCAAAAUAUGACCAGGGGUGCUUGGAUGUGUCGGCAGUAUGACGACGGCUUAAAAAUCUGGUUGGCAGCACCCCGGGAGAACGAGAAACCGUUCACCGAUUCAGAGAGGGCUCAGAAAUGGCGACUGUCUCUGGCAUCUCUCUUGUUUUUCACAGUCCUGCUCUCUGAUCACUUGUGGUUCUGCGCCGAGGCCAAACUGACCCGGACCCGGGACAAGGAGCAGCGGCAGCAGCACCAGCAGCGGCAGCGGCAGCAGCAGCGGCAGCGGCAGCACGAGCCCGCCUGGCCGGCGCUCCUGGCCAGCAUGGGGGAGUCCUCGCCCGCCUCCCAGGCACACAGACUCCUCUCCGCCUCCUCGUCCCCCACCCUGCCCCCCUCUCCGGGAGACGGCGGCGGCAAGGGCAACCGAGGCAAAAACAACCGGAGCAAGGCUCUUUUUCUGGGAAACUCUGCCAAACCCGUGUGGCGCCUGGAGACUUGUUACCCCCAGGGCGCCUCUUCGGGCCAGUGCUUCACCGUGGAGGACGCGGACGCCGUGUGCGCCAGGAACUGGAGUCGGGGGGUGGCGGCCGGGGGGGAGGAGCAGCAGGUGAGAGGGAAGCAGCAAACCACGCUCUGGAACUUGUCGGAUUUUUACCUUUCGUUUUGUAAUUCCUACACACUUUGGGAGUUGUUCUCGGGGUUGUCGAGUCCCAGCACUUUGAACUGUAGUCUGGAUGUGGUGCUCAAGGAGGACGGCGAGAUGACCACCUGCAGGCAGUGCGUCGAGGCUUACCAAGACUACGACCACCACGCUCAGGAGAAAUACGAAGAGUUUGAAAGUGUGCUCCAUAAAUAUUUACAGUCGCAGGAGUACUCGGUGAAGUCGUGUCCCGAGGACUGUAAGAUUGUCUACAAAGCCUGGCUCUGUUCCCAGUAUUUUGAAGUCACACAGUUUAACUGCAGAAAGACAAUUCCUUGCAAGCAAUACUGUUUGGAGGUUCAGACAAGGUGUCCAUUUAUAUUGCCUGACAAUGAUGAAGUCAUCUAUGGAGGACUGUCCAGCUUCAUCUGUACAGGGCUCUAUGAAACCUUUCUAACCAGUGAUGAACCAGAAUGCUGUGACGUCAGGAGAGAAGACCAAUCAAGUUACCUAUCCAAAGGGACGGUAGACAAAAGUGACUCGUGUCACAGGACGUCGCUCACAGCGUCAUCAGCAACAAGACUGUGCCACAGCAGACUCAAACUGUGCGUCCUUGUACUAAUUCUUUUACACACAGUACUCACAGCCUCAGCAGCACAGAACACCCCAGGACUGAGCUACGGAGGUAUCACCACCCUGGAAGACAACUCCACCAACGAGGACUAAGGAAAGGGUGACAUGUCGUCAGAGAAGCAACCGGCCCACCAUGAAAAAAGAAGCUGCUGUCAAACGUAACAGAAACUGGGUGCUUUUACCCUUUAAUUACUUCUUGCAAGGCCUUUAGGGUAAAAUUUAAAAAAGAUGGGCCUGAAUCCAAACAAGGACACAAACACAGCUUUUUAUUGACGAAAAGGCUGAAAAGUGACAACUUUCUCACACCAUUUUAUACACUGUGUUUUAAUGUUCGGAGGUUUUAUUUGCUUUCGUUUUGAUUUGGGUUUAUUUGUUUGUUUAUUUUAUUUUUUGCACUUGUUAAUACAGGAUUUAUUUUUGGGGGGAUGGUUUCUCAGAGGCAAGCUAGGUCUUUUCACUGUCUCUCUCUAUAUAUAUUUCUAGUAAUUGUGUGUGUUCAUCAGAUAGUUCUGUCUUCUGUGUCUUGUCAGUUUCUAUUAGAGAAAUGAUUGCUAUGACCUCACGGUCUGGCAAACAACAACAACAACAAAAUAAUAAUAAAAAAAAUUAAAAAAGACAAAAAAAAAGAAAACAACAAAAACUACAAAAAAAAAAAAAAAUUUCCCUAACUCCCUCUUCUACCUAUGGAACCCAUGCCCUUCCGGCCCCUUCCUUCUCUUGUCCCCUUAAGCAGACAACAUCCGCUUGCUUCUGUACGCGUAAUCACAGUAAAUGGGUGAGCAUGCUCUGGUGGGCUUCAGACCCGCUGUUGAGCAAACCCCAACUGAGCGGAACCAAGGGGGCCUGAUGGGGGUUCCUUUUAACUGAACAACGAGUGCUCUCCAUAACAGAUGGAAUCAGUCAGUUAACAUAUUUUUUAUGUUGAAACAAAAAUAAAAGGAAAAAAUAUAUGUAUUGAACUGCGUUGCUCCAGUUCCCAUUUCUAAGAAGUUCAGUCUUUUUUCGCUGGUUGGUUGAACAGGAGCAGCCAUCUACAAUCAGGAUGUAAGGAGUUAGGAAGUCAUUCCCUUGGAGACUUGAGGCUGGCUUUCAUUGUGACUUCAGUUCUGUCACGCUAAUAUGCCAGCAAAUUUUGGCCAUGGUGAUGGGAACAAAGAGACUGAGGAAACAACCUGGACUUUUCCUCCUUAUUGGUGUGGAAAAGAUACUAGAAAUUCUCAAACAGCUGCAGUAUGCAAAAUAUAUACAAUUUUACCCCAAUAUUUCCCUAAUAUAUUGUUGAAAAUUAUUUCAGGUAUAAAGUAUAGGCAAUCAUGCAUUAUCACAAAGGAACAACUUCCUUUUUUAAAUAAGUAGGUUGGCCAUUUUUAGGAAAGUGCAAAAAACGUUACCACUCUAACAUGUUCUAGGUCGUCAAGGAAAAGAGGAAUCUGACUGCCCUGUUUGUAUUUAUUUUUUUCUGUAUGGGAACAUUUUACCUGCUGAGUGUCUAUGAAUUUGCUUUCUAAAAAGGCUUUUAUGAGUUUACAGUAGACUCAGUGGAAGGAAGAGUUAAUAAGGGCUGUUUUUAAAAAAAAAAACAAAACAUGAUAAAAAAAAAAAACACUUUACAUUCCUUCCUAUUCUCUAACACACUUGGGAAG